AUGGAACCUUAGCUAUUUUUGAGAUAUUUCUUAAUGAAUCCUUUAAAAGAUGCUUUAAAGGAUUUCAAAAUAGUAAUUCCUAAAGCUCCAACAAGAAACAUGACAUAUCAUAAGAAAUAAAUGAUUUCAUGGUUUGAUAUAAAAACAUAUGAAAAUGCUUUUACAAUUCCUUUUGAUGAUGCAUUUUCUAAAGCAGACGUAGAAGACAGCUAUUAAAGAUUAGAACGUAUAAUUAAAUAAGAAUUAUAACUUUUAAAUAAUGAUUAUUAGAAGCUAUUUAUUGGUGGAUUUAGUUAAGGAUGUGGAAUGAGUAUUUAUACUGCUUUUAGACUUCCAUUUAAUAUUGGAGGUGUAAUUGGUAUUGCAGGCUACUAUUUUGAAAUAACUAGUUAUGAUAAUAAAAGAGAUAUUAAAAUGCUUAUAGCUCAUGGGAAUAAUGAUUAAAUUAGACCUUGGGAAUAAGUAAAAAUUAGUUAUGAUAAAGAUAUUGGAUCUCAAAAUGUUAAAAUAGUUGAAAAUAUGGCUCAUGAAAUGGAUAAUUAUAAAGUAAGGCUUUUAAUAGCGGAUUUUAUCAAGGCUAAUCUUUGA